CCUUCAAUGUUAUGUAAUAAUUACGUAGAAUUCUGGCAAAUUAGGCCGCCCAAACUGUUGCAUAUACACUGACUCUGCGUGCAAUGAACGCAAGAGAAGUGACACAAUUUCACUUGGUUAAUAUUGAAUGCUAACCUGGAUUUCUUUUAGCUAAAUAUGCAGGUUUAAAAAAUAUAUACUUCUGUGUAUUUGAUUUUAAGAAAGGCAUUGAUGUUCAUGGUUAGGUACACAUUGGAGCAACGAUACGCACCGCAUCAAUUAUAUGCAACGUAGGACACGCUAGAUAAACUAGUAAUAUCAUCAACCAUGUGUAGUUAACUAGUGAUUAUGAUUGAUUGAUUGAUUGUUUUUUAUAAGAUAAGUUUAAUGCUAGCUAGCAACUUACCUUACCUCAUCGUCCUAUACCUGUUGGGAGAGAUCAAUGCCCACCAUGGCAUGAACUGAGCAACCAUGUACAGUAGCAUGGGUUUGCUCAGCGAACCAUGUACACUCUUGUGCAAUAACGGUAAUAACAUUUCUUACCACAUUCUUUCUCUUUCUCUCUCAGGGGCAGACGUUGGGUGUUAGAACUACGGCAGGAUGAGUGGGAUCCUGAAGAGGAAGUUUGAGGAGGUGGAGGUGGACAGCCCCUCCCCCUGCCUCUCUCUCCGGGGGUCUGAUGACGAGGUCUCCGCCGGCAGCGACAGCGGGAACAGCAGCGACAGCGUCAACCCCGGCCCCUCCACCCCCGUUGCCCCCGCUUCUAUCUUGAGGCGUGAAAAGCGCCUGCGGGUGCACAAUGUGCACUUUGAGAGUGUGACGGUGUACUACUUCAGCCGGCGCCAGGGCUUCACCAGCGUGCCCACGCAGGGCGGCAGCACCCUGGGCAUGUCCACACGCCACAGCUGGGUGCAGCGCUACACUCUGGGGGAGUUCGCUGUGGAGCAGGAGAGAAGCCACCGAGACAUGCUGCGAGACCACCUCAAAGAGGAGAAACUCAAUUCCAUCAAACUCAAGCUGACCAAUAAUGGCACUGUUGAGUCGGACGAGGCCGAGUCGCUGACCCUGGACGAUAUCUCAGAGGACGACAUUGACCUGGACAACACGGAGGUGGACGAGUACUUCUUCCUGCAGCCAAUGACCACCAGGCGGCGCCGCGCUCUCCUCCGGGAGUCCGGGGUGCGACGCAUCGACGUGGAGGAGAAGCAUGAGCUGCGGGCCAUCCGGGUGUCCCGGGAGGAGUGCGGCUGUGACUGCAGGGGGCUGUGCAACCCCGCGACCUGCGCUUGCAGCCUGGCCGGCAUCAAGUGCCAGGUAGAUCGAAUGUCAUUCCCGUGCGGUUGCAGCAAGGAGGGCUGCAGUAACAGCACAGGCCGCAUCGAGUUCAACCCCAUCCGUGUUCGCACCCACUUCCUGCACACCAUCAUGAAGCUGGAGCUGGAAAAGAGCCGUGAGCAACAACAACAACCACAGGUCACCAAUGGCAAUGGUUACCAUGGAGAACUACCAGUCAACGUCCCUGUCCAGCGUGCUCUGCAGUAUCCCCUGAUGUCUGACAACAUCCCAGUCCUGCAGGCUCCCAUCAUGCACCUGCCAAGCGCCAGCGACGCAGAGCAGCAUCUAGAAGAGGAAGUAGACGAAGAUGAGGAAGACGAUGAGGAGGAGUACGAGGAUGAGGACGAUGGUAGUAGUUUAUGUAGCGGCCUCUCUGACUGCAGCACCGACAGCCUGCACACUAGUGACUCUGAGGAGGAAGAAGAGGAGGAGGAGGAAGAUGACUGUGAGUCUAUGGAGGAGGGGGUGAGUGGACCCCCAGUCUCUCACACAGAGGUGGUUCCUCUCUCCUCUGUGUUGGGUUACACUGAUGUCACACACACCAACACCAACCACGCUAACCCCAACUCAUACUACCACAACCCUUCAUCAGGGUACUACCAGAUGGACAACUCAGCCAACUUGAACCCCACACCCAAAGCCCCUAAUGAAGCUUCCUCACUCCCCCUCUCACUCCCCAAUAGGCAGGGGGCCACGGAUGGCCCCACGGUCGUGUCACAGGAGCAGCCUAAAACCACCUCCGAGCCGCACACAGACCACCUCAGCCAGAUAGAGCGACUGUAUAUGCAUUUCCCCCACACUGACAAAGCACCAGCAGCCAACGCCUGUUCCUCAGCCCCGCAGCAGAGCAACACUCCCCACAGUGGGGAGACUAGUACACUACACCAUGAGCAGCCCUAUCAGACACAGGUUAUCAUGAACGGUAAUGAUAUUACACUGUCACUGAAGAAUAGCACACGGUCUGAGGUAUCUUUGGGGACUGAGGAGCAGCAAAGCCGGCGUUCUGUCAACGGGCUGGCUGAGGCAUCCUCUCUCCUGCCUGAGAAUAAAAGGGAUCCACCAAUUCUAGAGACUAACACUAGUCACUAGCAUAGUGUCAGGUAGACUUGUGGCAAGUUCAAUGAAACUGGUUAGUGUGAUAAGUGAAAUUAGCAUUCCUUUGCAGCAAGUAUGUACAUUUGGAUUAAUGUGCUGACCAACUUAAUUAAAGGGAUACUGCAGGAUGUUGGCAAUGAAGCCCUUUAUCGACUU